GCAGGCCAGACUCGGGAGCCGGGCGCCAGCACCCGCCGGAGCUCUGAGCCCCGAACUGGUGGGCAAGGGGUAGAGGAAGAGAGGGAGGGAGGGAGGGAGGAAGCGCGAGAGGGAGGGAGGAAGAAAGGGAGGGAGGCGGCGUCAUGUGAUCCGCUUCCCUGCUCCUUUAAGCGUCCACAGGCGGCGGAGCGGCCACAAUCACAGCUCCGGGCAUUGGGGGAACCCGAGCCGGCUGCGCCGGGGGAAUCCGUGCGGGCGCCUUCCGUCCCGGUCCCAUUCUCGCCGCGCUCCAGCACCUCUGAAGUUUUGCAGCGCCCAGAAAGGAGGCGAGGAAGGAGGGAGUGUGUGAGAGGAGGGAGCAAAAAGCUCACCCUAAAACAUUUAUUUCAAGGAGAAAAGAAAAAGGGGGGCGCAAAAAUGGCUGGGGCAAUUAUAGAAAACAUGAGCACCAAGAAGCUGUGCAUUGUUGGUGGGAUUCUGCUCGUGUUCCAAAUCAUCGCCUUUCUGGUGGGAGGCUUGAUUGCUCCAGGGCCCACAACGGCAGUGUCCUACAUGUCAGUGAAAUGUGUGGAUGCCCGUAAGAACCAUCACAAGACAAAAUGGUUCGUGCCUUGGGGACCCAAUCAUUGUGACAAGAUCCGAGACAUUGAAGAAGCAAUUCCAAGGGAAAUUGAAGCCAAUGACAUCGUGUUUUCUGUCCACAUUCCCCUCCCCCACAUGGAGAUGAGUCCUUGGUUCCAAUUCAUGCUGUUUAUCCUGCAGCUGGACAUUGCCUUCAAGCUAAACAACCAAAUCAGAGAAAAUGCAGAAGUCUCCAUGGACGUUUCCCUGGCUUACCGUGAUGAUGCGUUUGCUGAGUGGACUGAAAUGGCCCAUGAGAGAGUACCACGGAAACUCAAAUGCACCUUCACAUCUCCCAAGACCCCAGAGCAUGAGGGCCGUUACUAUGAAUGUGAUGUCCUUCCUUUCAUGGAAAUUGGGUCGGUGGCCCAUAAGUUUUACCUUUUAAACAUCCGGCUGCCUGUGAAUGAGAAGAAGAAAAUCAAUGUGGGAAUUGGGGAGAUAAAGGAUAUCCGGUUGGUGGGGAUCCACCAAAAUGGAGGCUUCACCAAGGUGUGGUUUGCCAUGAAGACCUUCCUUACGCCCAGCAUCUUCAUCAUUAUGGUGUGGUAUUGGAGGAGGAUCACCAUGAUGUCCCGACCCCCAGUGCUUCUGGAAAAAGUCAUCUUUGCUCUUGGGAUUUCCAUGACCUUUAUCAAUAUCCCAGUGGAAUGGUUUUCCAUCGGGUUUGACUGGACCUGGAUGCUGCUGUUUGGUGACAUCCGACAGGGCAUCUUCUAUGCGAUGCUUCUGUCCUUCUGGAUCAUCUUCUGUGGCGAGCACAUGAUGGAUCAGCACGAGCGGAACCACAUUGCAGGGUAUUGGAAGCAAGUCGGACCCAUUGCUGUUGGCUCCUUCUGCCUCUUCAUAUUUGACAUGUGUGAGAGAGGGGUACAACUCACGAAUCCCUUCUACAGUAUCUGGACUACAGACAUUGGAACAGAGCUGGCCAUGGCCUUCAUCAUCGUGGCUGGAAUCUGCCUCUGCCUCUACUUCCUGUUUCUAUGCUUCAUGGUAUUUCAGGUGUUUCGGAACAUCAGUGGGAAGCAGUCCAGCCUGCCAGCUAUGAGCAAAGUCCGGCGGCUACACUAUGAGGGGCUAAUUUUUAGGUUCAAGUUCCUCAUGCUUAUCACCUUGGCCUGCGCUGCCAUGACUGUCAUCUUCUUCAUCGUUAGUCAGGUAACGGAAGGCCAUUGGAAAUGGGGUGGCGUCACAGUCCAAGUGAACAGUGCCUUUUUCACGGGCAUCUAUGGGAUGUGGAACCUGUAUGUCUUUGCUCUGAUGUUCUUGUAUGCACCAUCCCAUAAAAACUAUGGAGAAGACCAGUCCAAUGGCGAUCUGGGUGUCCAUAGUGGGGAAGAACUCCAGCUCACCACCACUAUCACCCAUGUGGAUGGACCCACUGAGAUCUACAAGUUGACCCGCAAGGAGGCCCAGGAGUAGGAGGCUGCAGCGCCCGGCUGGGACGGUCUCUCCAUACCCCAGCCCCUCUAACUAGAGUGGGGAGCAUGCCAGAGAGAGCUCAAUGUACAAAUGAAUGCCUCGUGGCUCUUAGCUGUGGUUUCUUGGACCAGCGGCAUGGACAUUUGUCAGUUUGCCUUCUGACGGUAGCUUUUGGAGGAAGAUUCCUGCAGCCACUAAUGCGUUGUGUAUGAUAACAAAAACUCUGGUAUGACACAUUUUCUGUGAUCAUUGUUAAUUAGUGACAUAGUAACAUCAGUAGCAGGUGGUUAGUAAACCUCAUGUGGGGGUGGGGUGGGUGUGUAUUCCUUGGGGGAUGGUUUGGGCCGAAUGGGGAGUGGAAUAUUUGACAUUUUUCCUGUUUUAAAUUCUAGGAUAGAUUUUAACAUCCUUUGCGGUCCCAGUCCAAGGUAGGCUGGUGUCAUAGUCUUCUCACUCCUAAUCCAUGACCACUGUUUUUUUUCCUAUUUAUGUCACCAGGUAGCCUACUGAGUUAAUAUUUAAGUUGUCAAUAGAUAUGUGUCCCUGUUCUGUGGCAUAAUAUAAAAUAACUGAAUUUCCUGAGAAGAUUUAUUCCAUGAGGGGUAUUUCAGCUUUGAAACCAAAUCUGUGUAUCUAAUACUAACCAAUCUGUUGGAUGUGGGUUUUAAAAAAUGUUUGCUAAACUACCCAAGUAAGAUUUACUGUAUUAAAUGGCCUUUGGGUCUGAAAAGCUUUUUGAACCUCUUGCUUAAAAUGCAUUUUAUUUUGAUAAGAUACUUCAAAUAGCCUCCAAAAGUGUAGAUCCAAUCAUUUAAAUAAACCUGUAUGUAUAUGCAUAUGUGUACAUAUGCUAAAACUCA